AUGUUGCACCGCCGCCGCCCCCACCCCCAAACUACUUCCUGUGGCUAUGUCAACAACACAAAUAGCUUUACUGGUUUGGGAAGUAGAAUUGGAACCAAAUUGGAAUUGAACUUAGUUGAAACAGAACAGCUAACUAACAACACAACUCUCUUUGCACCCAUAUUCCAGUCAGAGAGGGAGUCUGGGGAUCGGAACUUUGCUAUUGGCUACUAUCUGAAGGAGAAGAAGUGCUUUCCAGAAGGGACAGACAUGACUUCCAUUUUAGACCUCUACUUCCAGCUGUGCUCCAUCGAGGUGACCUGUGAAAGCGCUAGCGUCAUGGCGGCCACCCUGGCCAACGGCGGCUUCUGUCCAAUCACAGGCGAGCGCGUGCUGGGCCCGGAGGCGGUACGGAACACCCUGAGCCUCAUGCACUCCUGCGGCAUGUACGACUUCUCGGGACAGUUCGCUUUCCACGUUGGACUUCCAGCUAAGUCAGGCGUGGCAGGGGGCAUCCUGCUGGUGGUGCCCAACGUCAUGGGUAUCAUGUGCUGGUCUCCGCCGCUGGACAAGCUUGGUAACAGUGUACGAGGCAUCCAGUUCUGCACGGAUCUGGUGUCCCUUUGCAACUUCCACAACUACGACAACCUGAAACAUUUUGUCAAGAAGCUGGAUCCUCGCAGGGAGGGCGGAGACCAGAGGGUGAAGUCGGUCAUCAAUCUUCUCUUUGCUGCGUACACUGGUGAUGUGUCUGCACUGAGGAGGUUUGCUCUGUCUUCCAUGGACAUGGAGCAGAGGGACUAUGACUCCAGGACGGCCCUCCAUGUGGCAGCAGCAGAAGGACAUGUGGAGGUGGUCAAGUUCCUGUUGGAGGCAUGUAGGGUCAACCCUGUUCCCAAAGACAGGUGGGGUAACACACCGAUGGAAGAGGCAGUGCACUUUGGACACCACGAUGUUGUGACCAUGCUCCAGGACUACAAUAACAAGUACAGUCCACCGGGGGGCGCCACUGAGGACAAAGAGAAGGAGAUAUCGGAGAAGAACAUUGACGGCCUAUUAUGAGCCAACUAAUACUCUUAUUUAUCCAUAGAAAUUAAAUAACUAGAACGGACGUUCCCAUUGAAAUUAUAUAUGUGAUCUGAGAGGCUUGGUCCAUUCCAGUCAUUCUAUUUCUAUGGCCCCAUUAACUAUCUGGAAGAUUUACUGUAAGUGUGUGGUCCCUUUGUCACGUCAGUGGUAGGUCACGUAUACUGUUGAUAAUACUGUAUUGUUGAUUUUGUAUAAAAGUAUUGUAUUUCUGUAUUUUCAAAGACGACAAUGUGUCCAAAAAAUAUAUUUUGACUGACUUUUA